GAAGGUCAAACACAGAACCAAGCAGGAGCAGCAGGACCUCAGCAUUUGUUACAAAUGGAGAAAUAUGAAGAUGUUCAAUACUGUUUUCAAGACGAAAACUCUUCUUGCAGAAAGGCUUUGCUAUCGACAUCUAUCUACAUAACACUGUACAUCUUCUUCUCAUUGAUUUCAGCAGUUACAGUAUUUUUGAACCUACUGGUGAUCAUCUCCAUCUCUCACUUCAAGCAGCUCCACACUCCAACCAACCUGCUCAUCCUCUCUCUGGCUGUGUCAGAUCUCCUGGUGGGACUGAUUGUGAUACCAGUAGUGACUGUAGCAUUAUUGGAAUCAUGCUGGGGUUUUGGAGAAUAUUUCUGUGUGUUUCACGUCUACAUUACUUUUUUAUGUACUUCUUUAUCUCUGGGUAAUUUGGUCUUGAUAUCUAUUGACCGCUAUGUUGCCGUGUGUGAUCCCUUAUUGUACCACUCUAAAAUAACAACAACAAGAAUGAUGUGUUGUAUAUUCAUUACCUGGUGUUGUUGUAUCAUAUACCGUGCUGCUAUUGUAAACAGCUUUGUCAAUGUACAGGUACCCAGUAGGUGUUUAAAAGAAUGUUUUAUUGUUGACGGAAUAAUCUCGUUUAAUAUAAUUUACAUUGUAAUUACAAUGGUUGUCCCUUGCUCUAUUAUUAUAACACUUUAUAUGAACAUCUUUGUGGUGGCCAGAUCACAGGCCAGAAAGGUAUUUUCAAAAGAGACCAACAGUGAGUCUGGUGUUAAAACUCUACAGGCAAAUAAGUCUGAGAGAAAAGCAGCAAAAACUCUGUCUAUUGUUGUUGUCAACUAUUUCAUUUGUUGGAUUCCAUCUCUAUUUAUUUACUUUUUUUCCUCUUUUUUAGUUGACAUUUUAUCAUAUUUCAUCAUUUUUAUGCCACUUGUUAAUUCCUUAAUUAAUCCAAUAAUUUAUGCUUUCUUUUAUCCAUGGUUCAAAGUGACAGCUAAACUUUUAUUAAAUUUGAAGAUAAGACGUUCAUAGUUCCUAUAAUUUUAUUCCCUAGGUUGGCAAACAUAGGUUUGAUAUAGUUUUGAUCUACAAUUGUUGUAUUUACUUAUUUCAUAUAGCAAUGCUCUGACAUUACUUAUCUCAGUGUUGUCGUCAUAGAUACAAGUGGUGUUGAUAGUGAAUGAUUUGUCUGGAUUGGAAUGGAAUGACUUGGAGAAUGCAUAAGAUUGAAUAAGCUUGUUUUAUAAAAGACAUUGUAGUCAUUGUGGAUUGUGUUCUCCAAAUACCUAAGGCUGUGGUUGUUCCAUGUUACUUAAUGAUAAAUAGUAUGUAAGUGUUCUAAUAGCACAUUCUGAGGACUUUAUGAGUCAUUCUAUAUGUCGUUUAACAUCUCCCUCUAGUGGCUCAAUUGUGACCCAAAGUAUUCAUCAAGUGCAGUAAAGUUGAAGUGUACAAUACUGCAUGAUAUCACACAACGUCCUGAUCUAAAUAACUGCUGUAUUGUGGAAGUAGUUGAUGGAAAAAUGUAAGAAUAUGCAAUUAUGGGUAACACUUUAUAAUAACAUUCAGUAAUAAACCAUUUGAAAGGCAUUUACAGUUAUUUCACCAUUUAAUAUUAAGGCCUCAUUUGUGAAAUGUUAUUCGGCUAGGUUUUCACACCU